AGAGAAAGACAGACAGAAAGAGAGAGAGAGAGAGAAACAGAGAGAGAGAGAGAGAAUAUAAGGUGUCAGGGUUUUGUUACCAGGAAGUGGGUCGAGUUAUUUAUAUUUCAACACUGGUCCUCUUGGACCUGAGAGAGAAGCAGUGGUAUAGCAACCUGAAACUAAAUAAUCCAACUACGUCUGGAUCUGGCUUCUUCAAACAAAGACAAACGACUGACUCCAUCAUUACAAUGACAACGAUUGGACAGAAGACCUGUGAUGAGGAAGAGAAAAGUCACCAUGUGAAGACUUCAACCUAAAACAAAGAUGCUGGGAUGAAGCUCCACAAGAAGAUUCUGACCCAUUAUCUGUCCUGCACCUCUCCAGUAGACAAAGAAGGCUAUCUAUACAAGAAGAAACGGACCGCCACCUACCAGCGACGCUGGUUCGUGCUGAAGGCAAACCUGCUGUUCUACCAGGAGCGUCCUGCUGACAGACACCUGCUGGGGGUCAUCGUGCUGGAGGGCUGUGCAGUGAGGCGCUCCGAGUGUGAUGGACAGUUUGCCUUUUCUCUGGUGUUCGAAGGUGAAGGACUGAAGACGUACAGAUUUGCAGCAGCGGACGGUCAGACUCAGGAGAGCUGGCUGAAAGCUCUGCUGACGGCCAGUCACUGCUACCUGUCUCUGCUGGUCAGAGACCUGACCAGACAGUACGAGGAGGCCCAGCAGCUAGAGUGCUCUGGUGAGUCUCAUCACAGUUCCUCUGUCCCUGCCCUCAGACAGCCCUCAUCAACCUUCUUGUGUCCUGCUCAAGGAUCAAGUACUGCGGUCCGGGAUUCCAGGAGUUUCAGUUCCAGCAACAUUUUACAGGCACAAAAUAGAGCGGCGGCUAAAAAGUCCCCUAAACUUUGGCUCAGGAGAAACGCUCAUGUCACGCCCAUUAACGGACCAGCGCCCCAGUACGGCGAGUGGCCCCUGGUGGGUUCUGAUCCACUGGAGGAAUUCAGCAAACUUCAUGACUACUACGGCCAGGAGGUGAAGAAAGUGAGAGCGGAGUGGCUGAGGGGUCGAGAAAGGGCGGAGGUUGCAGAACUGAUCGACCUGAGCUGAAAAAGAAGAACUGAGAGUUGUGCAAGAAGCUGAAAUAAAGGAAGUGAAGGAAGAGCGAUUCAACAUCUAUGAGGUUCAUGAGAUUUCAUGUAUCCUGUGAGAGCACAGCGAAUCUGUUGGGGGUGGGGGGGUGGGGAGGGGUAAUUUGUUGUUCUCCUUUUUACAACCAAACUAAACCAAAAUAACAGUGAGGAAAUAUAACCAAAAGUAACAAUAUUACAGUAGUGACUGAACAUCAGUAGUAAAAUCAGGUAAAAACAAUUCGAGUCUGAUGAACUGUUCUGAUCUUCACACUCCUGCACCAACAUUUCAGAACGAGUGUGUUUGGUGUGUGUCAGUAUUUGUAGUAAUAUUAUAGUACAGUGAUGGAGAGGAUGUGUACUGGGGGAGUGAAUAGGAGUAUAAUCUGUGUUUGCAGUAUUGACUUCAGAGUCUGUGGCUCAGAUACCUGUAAAUAUGUCACACAUGUUAUAGUGUGGAUCACCUCUGACCUCUGACCUCUGGGACGUGCCGAAAAGGAUGGAAAACAGAAGAUAGAUCUGCAGGCUCCAGAUCAGCUGUUUUGCUCAACAACAUAAUGUGAACUAAGCACGUGUCACGCUUUCACAACACAUGACAGAUGACGCAGAUUCAACUGUGAGGUUUCCAUUUAGGUUUGGUUGAAAAAAUCAGACACCAUUUCAAAUUUAACUUUUUUUUUUAGAACUCAUCCUUAUAUAAUCUUAUAUAAAAAGGUAAUAUUAUAAGACAGUUAUAUGUUACAGUGUCAUAAUAAUACAAUUAAAUAUAUGUAUGUAUAUAUA